AACAGAAAGAGAGAGAGAGAAGAUCUUGUCUCUGUUUGGGAUUAUAUAUAUAUACAAUCAUUAACGAUGUUCUUUUGUCUCUACGUCAUCCAAAAAGGGAACAUUUGAAACAAAUCAGAGAUGAAACAGAACUACAUCGAGGAAGGACGAUUAGGCCGUACGAUUCUGGUAGGAGUGAAGCUAGACGCACCGAGCAGAGAGUUACUAACUUGGGCUCUUGUUAAAAUCGCUGAGCCUGGUGAUACUGUCAUCGCUCUUCACAUCCUUAACAACGAGAUUGUUGAAAACUCUUCGCUUCUCUCAUUGGUGAAGACUUUCGACUCUGUUCUCGACGUUUACGAAGGCUUCUGCAAUCUAAAACAGGUGGAUCUGAAGCUGAAGCUAUGUCGUGGCAGCUCAGCUCGAAAGAUCAUAUCCCGAGAAACGAUGUCGUUUGGUGCUACGAAAGUCUUAGUUGGUGUCUCUAAAAGUCACCACGCGAUUCGUUCAUCAGCGUCUGUAGCUAAGUACUUGGCUAAGAAGUUACCAAAGGAUUGUUGGGUUCAUGCUGUGAACAAUGGUAAGAUUGUGUAUCAGAGAGAGUGGUCUCCUUCAUCCAUCGUUAAUAAUCAUUCUCAAGGUAAGGAAGAUGUAAGGAAGAGCAAUUUGUUGAAUGUGUUUCAGAGAUCUGUUACAUUAAGCACUACUUCCAAAGUUGUUAGCCAUUCAGAUGAGCAAGGUUCCAAGAAUUGUUCGGUUUGUGGUUCGGUUUCUUUGUCUCCAAAUAGUACAACUCCUCCUGUAAAGCUAUCUGGAGCUGAUGAUGAGUGCCACAUAGGUCUAGUUGAAUCAGGAAGUUCUAAAACUAUGUUGGCUAGGAAACAGUCUGAACCUAUACCAGGUUGGCCUUUGCUUCGCCGUGUUUUCUCUUCUUCUUCAGGACAACCAGUUACAUCUCAUAGGGCUUCUCAAUUGCCUUUGAAGCUUCCUCCCAGGAGCAGUAAACAGAUUGGUUAUGACUCUUCUGAUAGUACAUUGUCAAGCUUAAACACAGCUGUUUCAGUUAGUUCUAACUCUAUCACCACCAAUAAGUCUUCUCCUGACAAUAGUCCAAGAAAGCUACCUGAGGAACUAGAAGGACUCUAUGAGAGAUUCUCUUCAGCAGCUUGCCAGGUUUUCAAAUACAAGGAACUUGUUUCAGUGACAUCAGACUUCUCCACUGAUAAUUUCAUCGGUAUAGGAGGCAGCAGCCGAGUUUUUAGAGGCUGUUUAUCCAAUGGAAGAGAGGUUGCUGUGAAGAUACUCAAGCAAACCGAAAAUGUCCUGAAUGAUUUCGUGGCUGAGAUCGAGAUUAUCACAACGUUAAACCAUAAGAACGUGAUCUCCCUUUUAGGCUUUUGCUUUGAAGACAAUAACUUGUUACUUGUAUACAAUUAUCUUCCAAGAGGAAGUCUAGAAGAGAAUCUUCAUGGAAACAAGAAAGAUCCUCUUGCGUUUGGUUGGAGCGAGAGGUUUAAAGUAGCUGUUGGAGUAGCAGAGGCAUUAGACUAUCUGCAUAACAGUGCUUCACAACCUGUCAUUCACAGAGAUGUUAAGUCAUCAAACAUACUAUUAUCUAAUGAUUUUGAGCCACAGCUUUCUGAUUUUGGGCUGGCGAGGUGGGCGUCUAUAUCCACAACUCACAUAGUCUGCUCAGAUGUGGCUGGAACCUUUGGCUACUUGGCUCCAGAGUACUUUAUGUGUGGUAAGGUGAAUGAUAAGAUAGAUGUGUAUGCAUUUGGUGUUGUUCUACUUGAGCUACUUUCUGGAAGAAAACCUAUUAGCAGUGGAUGUCCAAAGGGACAAGAGAGUCUUGUCAUGUGGGCUAAACCAAUUCUAGACGAUGGAAAGUAUUCUCAGCUAUUAGACUCGAAUUUGAAGGAUAACAAAAAUACUGACCAGAUGCAGAGGAUGGCGUUAGCUGCUACUCUUUGUAUUCGACGUAGUCCUCAAGCUAGACCCAAAAUGAGCAUUGUCUUAAAGCUACUCAAAGGCGAUGAUGAAGACACACUCAAAUGGGCAAUGCAACAAGUGAGUAGUUCCUCAGAUGAAUCAGAGAUGCUAAAGGAUGAGCAAUGUCAAAGAUCUAACAUGCAGUCACACCUUAAAGUAGCGCUUCUUGAUGUUGAAGAUGACUCUCUCUCCAUGGGAAGCUUCGACCAAGGCGUCUCUGUUGAGGAUUAUCUUAAAGGCAGAAACUCCUUCCUUGACUGAAACUAGAGUUGUGUGUGUUUGUAUAUAUAUGGGCCGUGGUGGCUUUGUGGGGGUUCUUUUUAGUGUUCAUUCACUCUUCGUUCAGGGUGUAAUUGUAGAUUUCAGUUGUUUAGAGGUGUGUUUUUGCAAUUCUCAUCUUAUUGGGGAUACUUCUUAUAGUUGUGCUAUAAUAAAACCAAAGAGAAAAAUCCUUGCAAGUGGAACC